AUGUCAUCGACCAGUCAGAAUAGAAAGGAUCAACCUAAAGUCACUAAGAAAAGAAAGAUAUUGAAUUUAGAUUCGAAAGAAAAAAGACGAAAUGCUACUAAUAUCAGUGCAGAGAAACAUUUAAGUAGUAAAGAAUCAUUUGGUUCCGAUUUUGAUUCCGAAAGCAUCACAAAUACACAGAAACACAAUACAACUAAUGAUGUCGUCAAACUUGGAGACAAAAGCAUUUUCUAUGAAGAAGAAUGGAAUCCAAAUGGUUUUGCCCCGUUGAAUGUAAGAAAUUUAUCUUAUAACCCAUCCACAUUUGUUCGCAGAGGUAAAGAAGUAAUUACAAAACUGUGCGGUCUGCAAAAUAUACAAAUUCCUAAAACACAUGAAAGCAAAAAAUAA